AUGGACAGUGCGCCACCAGACCCGGUAGCAUCGGAUCAAUCAGGUGAGUCUGCACCAGUUCAUUCCGCACCGGGUUCCGGUCCAAACGUAGACGUGAUUCAUGCUGAGUGCCCAACACCAGCCUCGGUCGUAGACGUCCUCAUGCGAUCUCCCGAGCUGGGGCAAGAGGCUCCCACCUCUUCUAACCUCCAGGUUUGUCAUCUGUCAGCCCCCGACAGCAAUGACGCGACGGAUUCUUCUUCCUUCGCACUGCCAGAGCUCGACCUAUCGAAGGAUGCUCUUUUCGCUCCCACGCCGGAGCCAGCGGCGUCGAUGAAAGCUGGCGACGGCCAGCUUGCGCAGUCAAUGGAGGAUCUGUCCCUCCUCUCCAGCUGUACCCGCACCGUCUAG